ACAAGGUAUAUUCAAUUUAAUUAAGAAAAUAUCUAAAAAAUUAUAAUCUUUGUUCUGCAGAUAGUGCUUACCGACUCAACAACACACAUGGCCCAAUACGACCUGUGCCAAUCCCAUUGUACGAAAGUACUUCCCAAUGCAUGAGGAGUGACUUUAACACUCUCUACCCAGAAGACUCAACAUGCAGCAAUAAAUGCCAUAUGAGGGAACACCAGAACAGAAUAACUAAUCUUGAACUGGCUCUGGAAGCUUUGCAGAGGAGUAUAAAAAAGAAGCAAAAUAAAACCAGUAGCUGUGAAGAAGACAAGACAUCCCCAAAUCCAUGUGGAGUUAACUUGGAGGAGCUGAAAUCAUCCUUAAAAUUGAAAAAGAACUGCAGUGAGGGGAUUAACUUUUUACUCUUGAAGUUGUUCUCUAUUGAGGAGUUGACAACUUCCAGUGUCAUGGGGGUCGGUACCAAAAAGGGCCAAAAAAAAAAGGACUCAAAGAAGAAAAAGAGGACAAUAAUUGAAGGACUAAUAGCAGAAACUUUUGAGGGUGUCACCAUCACGGCCAUCCAUAAUAUUAUGAGAGAUAGAUUGAAACUCCUCAGAAAGAGACAUUUCAUACAAGAAGAAAAAGAAUAAAUUGAUUGAUAAUUCCUUUUUUUUUCAUUGUCAUUUUUUUUUAGUGUAAAAGAAUGGGACACUUUCAACCCUGAAAUGCAUUGAGAGUUUCAAAAGUCACAGAAUUCCAGAUGUCAGGAGAGUGUGGUGAAUUCUUGAUCUCAGGAAUAUUUCAAGAUUUAUACUUCCAUGAAAUAUUCCUGAGGUCAGGGUAAUGCUUGGAAUCGUGGUCUCAGGAAUAUCUCAAGAUAUCUCAGGAUUUUUACACCUCUAAGUCAAAUUCCUGAGGCUAGGAUUGUGAUCCCAGGAAAUCUCAAGAUAUUUCAGGAUUCUUAUGCCACUAUGAUAUAUUCCUGAUGCCAGGAUAGUUACAGGAAUUCUGUGGUCUCAGGAAUUCUCAAGAUAUCCCAGGAUAUUUCUGCCUCACCAGGAUGUCCUGAGAAAUCCUUGUUCCAAUACCAUCCUGACAAUUCCUGAGGUCAGGGACCAGGAUUAUUCUGAGAUUUCCUGGGAUUUUUAACCAGGAAAUCUUGAGAAAAUCUCAGG